UCAUACGGUCACCAAGAUCUUGUGAUUACACCAAGCGGCUUGUCAUAGAACUUAGUAGGAAUACCGCAUCGUCCACAAGAAAAUGGAGAGCUCCGCAGCCCAGGCACGCCUGGCAGUUCUCACCAAGCAGUUUUACCCGGUUUCAGACGACAUGCACAACCUCUCUCUUCAGGGUUGUGCUGCCGGUGAUUCGGCAGCUUACGAGCGCCGAAACGUUGCGGACGAUGAUGUUGUAAUUGUCGCGGCUCUCCGCACUCCGUUGACAAAGGCCAAGCGCGGCGGCCUCAAGGACACGGACGCUGUCGACCUGCUAGCCACAGUCUUCAAGGCCGUGCUGGAGCGUACACGUGUCGAGCCUGAGGCACUUGGUGAUAUCGUCAUUGGCUCCGUACUGGGCCCAUCAUCCCAGCGUGCCAACGAGUGCCGCAUUGCAUCGUUCUUUGCGGGCAUCCCCGAGGUGGUGCCUGUGCGCACCGUCAACCGGCAGUGCUCGUCAGGGCUGCAAGCCAUUGCUGAUGUGGCUGCUGCUAUCAAGGCUGGCUUCUACACGGUGGGCCUGGCCGGUGGUGUGGAGACCAUGUCUUCCAACCCCAUGGCUUGGGAGGGUGGCAUCAACCCCCGCAUUGGCGAGUUUCCGAGCGCGCAGGGCUGCAUGUUGCCCAUGGGCGUCACUUCGGAGAACGUGGCAGCCAAGUUCGGUGUCAACCGCAAGACGCAGGACGAGUUCGCGGCUCGCUCUCACCGCAAGGCGGCUGCCGCCAAGGCCGCCGGCAAGUUCCGCGACGAGAUUGUGCCCGUCGCCACCAAGGUGAAGGAUCCCAAGACCAACACAGAGACCCCUGUUGUCAUUUCGGAGGACGACGGAGUGCGCGGCAACGCGACUGUGGAGUCCCUCGGCACCCUGCCUGCCGUGUUCAAGAAGAACGGCACCACCACCGCUGGCAACUCGUCGCAGGUGACGGACGGUGCUGCUGCGGUUCUGAUGAUGACGCGUGCGGAGGCCCGCCGCCGCGGCCUGCCGGUGCUGGGCGUCUUCCGCUCGUUUGCGGCUGUGGGUGUGGACCCCUCUAUCAUGGGCAUCGGCCCCGCCGUCGCCAUCCCGGCCGCUGUGGCACGUGCCGGCCUGCAGCUGGACGACAUUGACGUCUUUGAGAUCAAUGAGGCGUUUGCUUCGCAGGCUUACUACUCCGUGAACAAGCUGGGCAUCGACGAGGCCAAGGUCAACCCCAACGGCGGUGCCAUUGCCCUCGGACACCCCCUGGGUGCCACCGGUGCUCGCUGCACCGCUACGCUACUGCACGAGAUGCGCCGCCGCGGCCGCGCCGCUCGCUUUGGUGUCGUCUCCAUGUGCAUUGGCAGCGGCAUGGGUGCUGCGGCGGUGUUCGAGACCGGCGGUGAGGUCGACCCAGUCAACGUGCGCGCUGUGAAGGGUCAAACCCUGCUGUCCAAGGACGCCGUGGUGUAAAGAGACAUCCGUGCAGGCAUGGCGAUUCGGAGAUGCGGGGAUGGGCCGCCAUGUAGGUGCGGUUGUGGGGGCAUGUUGCCCUCAAUGUAUACAGAUUGUUUGUCAGGUGCGUGCCUUGUAUAGCAGUGUGCACAUUCUUUGCUUCUCGGCAUGUGGUUUGUCGCGUAUGAUAGAAACAGUAGCGCGGCAAAAGCAGAGCAUGGUGCACACCGUGUGUGUGUUAGUAUAGGCGGCGAUGUGAGAGUGGCGUGGUUUCGUGUGCAAUUGUAAAGUGUUCCGUAGCAGUAUGCUUCCAUGUUGGCUGUAUUCCGGAUACGGAUGUAUGCACAGGCGGAAGUUCCGGUACAUUAAGCCGGGCCUUGGAACCAAAUCGUCGGUUGCACAUCUGUCAUUUGUCAUCAUCCUUGCUGUGCUCGUUUUCGUCAAUCACAAACAUGGGAAGUUCAGGACGGAAGGAAUGUUUGGGUAUGGCAUGCCAUUUUCCACAUGCUUUGCCAAUUGCUUGACAAUAUUGUUCCUUCCCCUGCUAGAACGUAACCAUGGACUUCGUAUUCUUUGUUGGCGCUUCUUUCUAAUGUACUGGUGCAGCAUUUGCGUGCAUUGUGGGUGGCCUACGUGCCCCUUGACCCGCCAAACAUAAAUCUGAUGCCGGCGGUCAGAUGUAUGGUGCUUUGCUUGCUAUGGCAACGCCGCGGCUUGUUUGCAGCGGUGUGAACAUUGUAACCAGCCAAUUACUG